AUGGCACUCAAACUCAUCCAUCUUGCUGCGAUCUCUUGUUUUUAUAGGAUUUACAAUGAGAAUGCUCUUCGGGACGUCAAAGUUUCUGAUGCUGCACUAUCUCAGAGGCGAUUCGGAUCGAUAUUAUGCUGGGUGAUGACGACUUCAAUUUAUCAUAAGACACGGGUCCGCGCUAUUAAUUCGACAUGGUUGCGGCGAUGCGACGCGUCGCAUUUCCUCACCAAUAACGAUCGAUUUCUGGAUAACUUCACACCGUAUCAUACGAUAUUCGCAGAAUUGCCGGAUAGCUACUUCAAAUUAUUCUGGAAAACGCGUUUAGCUUUAUACUAUGUUUAUACUAAUAUUUCCUCGAACUACGACUGGUACUAUAAAUCAGAUGAUGAUACAUAUGUUAUCAUGGAGAAUCUUCGAACCUACUUGGCAACGUUCAACCCGAAUGAACCACAUUAUAUCGGGUUCAGGCUGAAGAGGAGAAUGCCAAAACAUGGCUACAAUGCGGGUGGAAGUGGUUACGCCAUGAGUCGAGCAGCUAUGAAGAUUUUCGCUGAACAACUGUUCCAUCAAAAAUCGUUGUGCCCCUAUCACGAAUGGGAAGAUCUUGCAGUUGCCAGAUGUCUUGCCAACGUUGGCAUUUAUCCAGAAGAUAGCCGUGAUGAAAAGCGUAGACAGAGAUUUCUACCAUGGAAGCCUGAAGAUCAUUAUCAAGCCGAUCUGACCAAGUCGUUUCUUAUGGAUCCCAUUGAGCACUGGGGGCCAGCAAUAUUCCACGAGAAUCUGAUCAGUAUGCAUCACCUUGAACCAGAAGAAUUACGCCUCAUCGACGGAUUACUGUACGGUGUAGCAGCAGGGAUAUGGAAUCGUACAGUGACACGAGUAGAAAAUACUUUGGAACAGCCACCAGCUGCUCGGAGACGGCUGUCACGCAGAGCCUUCAAUACAAAGUACCUGUCUUACCCUUGA